CAAUAAUUAAUAGCAACUCCUAAUAAGCACUGCUACUACCUAGCUAACGAGCUAGAGCUAUAGUGAUAAAAGAAUAAGAAAGUAAAGAAAAUAAUAAUGGCUGAUCAUACUACUGAAGGUUUAGGAGAGCCUGGAAGCUCGAUGCAUGGAGUCACCGGAAGAGAGCAGAGCUUCGCUUUCUCGGUGGCUUCUCCGAUGGUCCCAACCGAUACAACUGCGAAGUUCGAUUUGCCAGUGGAUUCAGAACACAAGGCUAAAGUGUUUAAGCUAUUCUCAAUGGCCAAUCCCCACAUGAGAACCUUCCAUCUCUCUUGGGUUUCCUUCUUCACUUGCUUUGUCUCUACAUUCGCAGCGGCCCCUCUCGUUCCCAUUAUACGGGACAACCUUAAUCUUACCAAAGUUGACAUUGGAAACGCCGGUGUUGCCUCUGUGUCGGGAAGUAUCUUCUCUAGGCUUGUGAUGGGAGCAGUGUGCGAUCUUUUGGGACCCAGAUAUGGAUGUGCUUUUCUCAUCAUGCUUUCUGCCCCAACAGUGUUUUGCAUGUCGUUUGUGUCCUCGGCGGGCGGGUACACGGCGGUGCGUUUCAUGAUUGGCUUUUCACUGGCGACGUUCGUGUCUUGCCAAUACUGGAUGAGCACCAUGUUCAAUAGUAAGAUCAUAGGACUUGUCAAUGGAACCGCCGCCGGGUGGGGAAACAUGGGCGGAGGAGCCACUCAGCUUCUGAUGCCUGUUGUGUAUGAGGUGAUCCGCAAAGCUGGUGCCACACCUUUUACAGCUUGGAGGAUUGCCUUCUUCAUUCCCGGAUGGCUUCACGUCAUCAUGGGUAUUUUGGUCUUAACUCUUGGUCAGGACUUGCCCGAUGGGAACCUUGGUGCCCUACAAAAGAAGGGUGAUGUUGCCAAAGACAAAUUUUCCAAGGUGUUAUGGUACGCCAUCACCAACUACAGGACAUGGAUCUUUGUCCUUCUCUACGGAUACUCCAUGGGUGUUGAAUUGUCCACUGAUAAUGUCAUUGCUGAAUAUUUCUAUGACAGGUUCAAUCUCAAGCUACACACUGCUGGUAUCAUAGCGGCUUCAUUCGGCAUGGCUAACCUCUUGGCUCGUCCCUUCGGCGGGUGGGCGUCAGACGUGGCGGCUCGACACUUUGGGAUGAGAGGCAGACUGUGGACCCUUUGGAUUCUCCAAACCAUGGGAGGUGCCUUCUGCAUUUGGCUAGGCCGCGCCAACACACUCCCCCUGGCAGUGUUCUCCAUGAUCCUCUUCUCCAUCGGAGCUCAAGCAGCUUGCGGAGCAACAUUCGGCAUCAUUCCCUUCGUCUCUCGAAGAUCUUUGGGAAUCAUAUCAGGGUUAACCGGUGCAGGAGGGAACUUUGGUUCUGGAUUGACCCAACUAGUGUUCUUCUCCACUUCUCGAUUUUCAACGGCUACAGGACUAUCCCUUAUGGGAGUCAUGAUUUGUGCUUGUACUUUACCUGUCACCUUAGUUCAUUUCCCACAGUGGGGUAGCAUGUUCUUUCCUCCUUCCAAGGAUAUCGUCAAAUCUACUGAAGAGUCUUACUACGAAGCUGAGUGGACUGAGGAAGAAAAGUCCAAGAAUUUGCAUCAGAAUAGCAUCAAGUUUGCCGAGAACAGUAGGUCAGAGCGUGGUCGACGCGUUGCUUCUGCUCCAACUCCCCCAAAUGUUACCCCUUCCCACGGUCAUGUGUAGAGGGGAGGAAACAUAGUUAAUUUAUACAACAAAUAUGAAUUUCAUGUGUUUCUAAAGUCAACACACAAUUAAAGCAUAAAUUGUACAACUACCCUUCUUUUUGGUAGCUCAUUUGAGACAAGGACAUGAAAUGAAGACAAACUAUUUCUAGUCUUUUAUAUAAAUCUCUAAAUAUAUUUUCUCGCAUAUAGAAAUUCUUGUCGUAUAUAUAUCUUCUAUUGGCCACUAUAUUUUUAUUUCAAUUUAUCCAUUGCUUUACCUUUCUUCAAUAAUAUAUUAUUAAAAUAAAAACAAACUUUCAAUAUUAUUUAUAAUUCCAACUGAUAAAUAUAUGCCAUGUAAACCGUUCUUCAUCUUUUGGUCUUAUAUUAUGAAUUAAACCUUAGCAAGAAGCGGAGUUUAUUGAGAAAACUAUUUUUAAUCUUAAUCAAUGUAG